AUGGGGUUGACUCCACUCCACGUUGCCGCCCAACAUGGACAUAAGCAGUGUCUCCGUGUCCUCCUCUGUUCUGGAGCCGAUAUUAAUGCCAUUGAUAAAAUUUCGGAACUCAUUUCCCAGAUUCUUGUACGAACUUGCGCUCUCGCCUUAUUGGGAUUUCAGAAUAACUUAUUUGGAAAUACUUGUCUCCACACCGCAAUUCGCUACAGUCGCGUUGGUAUUGUCAAAAUCCUUCUCGCAUCAUCCGCCAAUGUAAUGGCAGUUAACGGGAACCUGGAAACGCCCUUGCAUAUCGCCGCUUCUCUGAAACGUACCAAGAUUGCCAAGUCUCUUCUAAUGUGCCACAGCUCUCCAACACUGAUGGGCACACUGUCACGAAGAAAGGAUUCCAAGCGUCUAUCUUCGUCUAUUUCCAAUUCGACAACAUCCUCCCUUGCGGCUGCAGCUCACGCAACUCUUUGGAUGAAAAAUGCUCAAGGGGAGACACCUCUUGAUGUUGCUAGACAUCGAGUUAGAGGCGGUAGUAGCAGCAGUGAUAUGAUCACACUCCUACUGGAGCAGAUGAACGAAAAUCAAUAUGAGAAUGGAACAACAAAAUCUUUGCCCAGAUCAGUGGCUAGUGCAAAUGGUUGCCAACCAAAUCAAGUUGAGACUGCUGUUCCAGAGCUUGCGACGCCAUAUCUGUCAACAAAUCUCGACUACUCUCCUAUAGAGAGAAAGAAGACUGUUGGGGCGAUUAAACUUCCACUUAAGGUUAGUUUCAUUGGUAACUAUUGGUAA